CUCUGGUCCAGCACUUUCUGCCACUUUUGUUGUGUUUUCUGUCUGCUUCUAGGUUUUGCUCCAGGCAGCAAGGAGAAGAGGACAAACAACAACAGGAACUCAGUCCUCGCAGGAAAUCAUGUCUGAGGCAUUUACUCCUUGGACCCACUGAACUGUCCAUGGCCCGUGUUCUUUCCUUGUUCCGGCAGAAGCCUUUUCUUGCCCACGUGGGCAGGAGGAAACCUACAUUGUGCAAAAUGUCAAUGGACUCACGGGCACGCAUGAUGUUUGCAGCUGCAGUGGAAGCUGUGCAUCCAGACACGGUGGUCCGGCAGGCUAUAGAGCGCAAGGAGGACUCCAUAAUGAUCAAUGGUCACAAAUUUACACUCAAACACAACCUUCACUUGGUGGGCUUUGGAAAAGCUGUACUGGGCAUGGCUGCCGAAGCAGAGAGGAUUUUGGGGGAUCAUUUAGUGAAAGGAAUAAUAAGUGUGCCGCAUGACAUUCAGCAGACAUUGAAGCAGCAUGGAAAAGACCACCUUUUGUUAAAAGAAAACAGUCGUAUCAAAGUAAUGGAGGGAGCCAAACACAACUUGCCUGAUGCUGAUGCCCAGAAAGCAGCUGAAGAGAUCAAACAGUUAACCAGUGAACUGACGGAGAACGACCUGCUGCUUGUACUGAUUUCAGGUGGAGGCUCUGCGCUAUUACCUGCACCUAUCCCACCAAUCACACUGCAGGAGAAACACGAGGUGACCCGCAAACUUGCAGGUGCUGGUGCCACGAUUCAAGAGCUGAACACUGUGCGGCGCUCGCUGUCUUCUUUAAAGGGUGGAGGGCUUGCACAUUGUGCUCACCCUGCCCAGGUGGUGUCACUGAUAUUGUCUGAUGUAAUUGGAGACCCUCUGGACUUUAUAGCCAGCGGCCCCACAGUGCGGAGCGAGGUGUGGCAUGAAGAAGUUUUGUCAGUCCUUGAACGUUACAAGCUGUUGGACUCCCUACCAGCCUCAGUGAAGGAUGUCCUUGGGAGCCCAGGUCCCAGGUGGAGGGAGAAUAAAGAAUCUAACGCGUCGGGACACGUUCUCAACGCUGUGAUUGGCUCCAACAGCAUUGCUCUCCAGUGUGCAGGUCGCCGUGCUCGAGAGUUAGGUUUCCGGCCUGUUGUGCUGGCUCCAGGAGUGUGUGGAGAUGUUCGGGCAGUGUCCAGACUGUACGGCCUGCUGGCCCGCUUUGCCUGUUCCAGAGAGGAACCUCCUCCAGAGAUAGCCGCUGAGCUGCUGAGGCUGGGGCCUGACGUAGGCGUGGAGAGCUGGGACCUCUGCCGCACGAUGCAGGUGUUAGGUGAAGGGCGCACAGAAGGAUGGGGGUCCACGGCUCUGUUAGCUGGAGGAGAGCCCACAGUUGAGCUGACAGGCAUGGGUCGGGGUGGUCGGAACCAGGAGCUGGCUCUGCGAGUAGGACUGGAGCUGAAAGGCCUGGAGGUCCCGCCUAAUGGUCCCGUCUUCCUGAGUGGUGGGACUGACGGUCAGGACGGACCCACUGAUGCAGCAGGGGCCAUCACUGAUGCAGGCUUGUAUGAAGAGGCAGAAUCUCAGGGGCUGGAUAUCAACUCCUUCCUCACCUACAAUGAUUCAUACACUUUUUUUACACGUCUUUCUAACGGUCAGCGCUUACUUGUACCUGGCCUAACCUGCACCAAUGUGAUGGAUGUACACAUGCUACUUAUUCCACCAAUUCCCAUUACCAUAAGAUAAUUCAAAAGCACACAAAAUCAAAUGAAAUGAUAUAAAAGUUUUAGCUUAUGCUUCUACACGGUGGAUUUGCUGAUUAUCUUUUUAACAUCACUGUAAAAUCUUUUCACAGACCAGCUCCAGCCGUGACAGUGUUUUCAAAGACAAUAAAUUUAAUAUUGCACAUAAGUUGUUGUAUUAUCUCCCUGCUUGGCUGCUGCUCUCUUCAGGUACUUCAAGAUACCUAAAACAUGCAGAUGAUUUUGUUGUUUAGUUAAUCUGAUAAGGACUGUGUACAUCAUUAAACAUUUCUGUUAACACCCU